AUGCCAAGUUUUGCUAAGUACUUGAAGGACUUGAUCACUAAAAAAAGAACCACCAAGAAUGAAGUGGUGAAUGUAACUUACCGGGUUAGUUUCAUCAUUGCAAGAACCAUCGUCAAAAGGAAAGAGGACCCAGGAGCCUUCACCAUUCCAUGCACUAUUGGAUUGCGCGAUUUUGCACGAGCCCUUUUUGAUAACGGGGCUAGCAUCAACUUAAUGCCUCUUGUUAUUUACAAGCAAGCAGGAUUAGGUAUGCCUGAGCCUAUAAGUAUGAGGUUGCAAAUGGCUGACUGUUCAAUAAAGCGACCGGUGGGAAUUGUUGAUGAUGUUCUUGUGAAAGUGUGGAAGUUUCUCCUCCCUGCCGACUUUGUUAUCCUCAAUUUUGCUGUUGAUAAAGAAAUCCCUAUCAUCUUGGGGAGACCAUCCCAUGCUACCGGGAGAGCACUCAUGGAUUGGGAUCGAAAUGAGAUCAAGUUCCGAGUUAAUGACGAAGAGGUUACCUUUCAAGCGAGUAAAGGUAUGAAAUUUCCACAUGCAUACGAAAGUAUCUCAGUCAUUGGUAUUGUUGAUGAGGUAGAGGAUGCAGUCGAGGUGAAGAUGGAAGAGGAAUGCCUUGGUGAGGUAUUGACGGCUAUUUUGGUAAAUUUUGAUGGUAAAGACAUGGAAGGAUAUAUGGAAUCAAUGAAUGCAUUGGAAGGGCUUGGGUCCUACACUUAUGCACCAAAGAGGCUUUCUCUUGACUUAGAGAAUAGAGUCACCCCUCCUGCUAAGCCUUCAAUUAUCGAGCCACCACAACUUGAGAUCAAGCCACUUCCACCACACUUAAGGUAUAAAUUUCUUGGCCCUAAUAAAGCUCUACCUGUAAUUGUUUCUUCUUUGUUGAAUGAUGUGUAG